UACAGUACAACAAUGAUAUGAGCCGUUAUUUCCUCGUCAAACAUGGUGAUCACCACGUUUCGAUAGCACCAGAUGAUUUCGUUAGAAGUGGUUGUAAUAGCAGUCGUUGGACACGAGAUUGGACUUCUCAAACUUUCUUUUACGCACACAUUAAUGGAGCAAAUCUCACCGCUUCGAGAUCAUCUUGUCCGAGCCACUGUGGAAGCAUCUCAAUACCGUAUCCUUUCGGGAUCGGAAGCGAUUGCUAUCUCAACGAAUGGUUUGCAAUUCAAUGCAACAAUUCCACUUCCGGAGACCUUGUCCCCUAUCUACCGAAGAUUAACAAAGAAGUUGUCAAAAUCUCUCUACCGGAUCCAAAUAAUUUCGACGAUGCCAAAUCAUACGGGUCACUUCGCAUCAAAACCAACAUAACGUCCAUGGGAUGUUCCAACAGCAGCGAUGAAACAAAGUUUGAUGAGCCUUUGAAUAUUACUGGAUCCCCAUUUACUAUUAGCCGUUCCAACAUCUUCCAAGCUAUCGGCUGCAACUACAAGGCCACCUUGACACAUCUUGACCCCACAGUGGUGGGGUGCAUCUCGACUUGUGAGCCAAGAAAGAUAGGUGAUCAUACAAGCUGCCGUGGUAACAAAUGCUGCCAAGUAGACCCACCUAGUGAGAUUGGACAAAUAGUCGGAAUCAGCAUGGAGGAAAUCUCUAGUAACGUAACAAGAAAGAGAGGGUGUCGAGUAGCCUUCUUAACUGACGAAAAUCAAGACCCUCUAGCGUACCGUGAAGGCAAAGUAACUGAUCCAAACUGGUUUUACGAUAGGCAAUAUGUUAGACUCCAGCUAAGGUGGGCCAUUCAGAUGAAAAAUCUCUCGUUUAUCAAUUCCUUGGGUUGCACAAUGGGGCACUCCAGCUCUAGCGUUAGUCCUUGCAUAUGCGUGAAUAAUACAAACGAUCAGAUCAGCAGUGUAGGUUGUGCAUGCCACAAGGGUUACAUAGGUAACCCCUAUAUCAUGGGUGGAUGUAAAGAUAUUGAUGAGUGCCAACUCGACAAGGGUAACUACGAAAAUUGUAGGCCACAAGGAGGCACUUGUGUGAAUACUCCGGGAAGCUACCAGUGCGUAUUCAAGAAGUACAAGACUAUGCCAGUUACUAUGGGACUAUGUGUAGGUUUUGGUGUGCUGAUGAUGGUUUUCGCAGUUGCCUUUUUGUUAUGCAAAUUUAUCAAAAAGCAAAGGAAGAUCAUUUGCAAAAAUAAGUUAUUUAGACGUAAUGGAGGUUUAUUGUUGAAACAACAGUUGACUUCAACAGAAGGCAGCAUCGAGAAGACAAAAGUAUUCACCUCCAAAGAGCUAAAGAAAGCAACUGAAAACUUCAGUUCAACAAGAGUGCUUGGAAAAGGUGGCCAGGGCACCGUGUAUAAAGGAAUGCUUGUAGAUGGUAGAAUCGUAGCUGUGAAAAAAUCUACCGUUGUAGAUCAAGACAAGGUGGGAGAGUUCAUUAACGAGGUUGUCAUUCUAUCGCAGAUCAACCACAGAAACAUCGUGAAACUCAUAGGCUGUUGCCUUGAGACAGAAGUGCCUCUUCUAGUUUAUGAGUUUGUUUCUAAUGGUAACAUUUUUGAGCAUCUUCAUGGUGAGUUUGAUGAGUCCGCAAUGACUAGUUGGGAGAUGCGUUUGCGCAUUGUCAUAGAUAUUGCUGGAGCUCUUUCAUACCUCCACUCAUCAGCCUCGACUCCGAUUUUUCAUAGAGAUGUCAAAUCUACAAAUAUAAUGUUGGACGAAAAAUAUCGAGUUAAAGUGUCUGACUUCGGCACUUCAAGAUGGGUAACUGAUGAUCAUACCCACCUAACUACUGUGGUUUCAGGUACAGUUGGAUAUGUAGAUCCGGAGUACUUCCAGACUAGCCAAUUCACCGACAAAAGUGAUGUGUAUAGCUUUGGGGUGGUGCUAGUGGAACUCAUCACCGGAGAAAAGCCCAUAUCCCUUGUCCGGUUUCUAAGAAACAGAACACUGGCAGCUUAUUUCAUUCUUGCAAUGGAAGAGAAUCGACUCAUCGACAUUAUCGACCCUCAAAUCAGAGCUGAGUGCAAGCUAGAGCAAGUCAUGGCGGCAGCACAACUUGCAAGGAGGUGUCUGAUGCUUACUGGAAAGGAUCGACCGAGCAUGAGAGAAGUGGCAAUGGAGUUAGAGAGAAUUCGCUCAUCAACUAAAGAUUUACAGUCAAAUGUUCAUAUUGUCAUAAACAAUGCGGAGGAAGCAGAUAUUGGUGUGGAAUCGUGUAGCGUUGAUACAACUUCAACGUUAGAUGCCGAGCCGUUAUUUCCUGGUCAAACAUGGUGACCAUCACAUUUUCGAUAUCACUGGAUGAUUUCGUGAUAUUAGUAUAAGUAUUGUAUAGUAUAUAUCAACUAGACGACUAUAACUCUAUAAAGUUUGUAUGAAAAACAUGUGAUAAGCGGUGUAUAUCUGCGUUAUGGUUUCCAUUUGUAUUAAACUAAG